AUGGCCGCCAAGUCUGGCCGCGAGCUGCUGCUAUUCAGACUCGGUUUCAGCGGUUCCUUGCUCUGUGUGGAGGGCCCCGAUGGGCAGCAACAGGUCGCAGCGACUCAGACCAGUCGACCCAGCUCAGCGCCUAAGUCUGGUGCUCGUGCGAUUUCAUCUGCAAGCGCUGUCGUCUUGAACGUUGGGCGCCAUCGCUGGAUGGCCUUGCGCUACGAGCCGGGGCUCUACGUGGGUCUCAAGACCAACGUUAAGUGGCCUAGAGAAUGGUCUCCACUGAAAUACAGCAGACCAGAGGCUUCAUGA